AUGUCGACGAAUAUUUAUGAUAUUGAAAUGAAUUACCCUGGAGCAGAGGAGCAUUCAACUUCAAGAAACGUGAUUGAUGAAAGUGAAACACAAAACUCGGAACCCACCGAUGAUAUUCAAGCACGUGAUCUGUGUUUGUCAAAGAAAACAAGCGAUUUAAUAAAAGAUCAUAAACCAAUACCGGAUGAGUGUGUAUUACAGAAGAGCCCUAUGGGAAACACUGUGUUGCAUGUUGCAGCUCAGUGGGGAAAUGACGACUGGGUGAAGAAAAUAACUAAAAAUCCAUUUCUCUCACACCUUUUGCAUGCUGAAAAUAAGAACGGUGAUACACCACUACAUGUUGCUGCAAGAUAUGGGCACGUCUCUACUCUAAGUAACUUGUUCGUUGCAUGUCUCUCGAAUUUACCAUUUCUCUAUUCUGAAAAUCCCAAAAAGGCCGUUGAAGUAAUCCUAGCGAGGAACAAGCAAGGAAACACGUUCUUUCACGAGGCCCUAUUGAAAGAUCGCAAAGAUGUGAUGAGUAUGCUGCAUUCUGAAGAAACAUCGAUUGAGGUUGGCUUCAAGGAAUUGGUUGAGCGAGUUGCGUUGUACACAAACAAUAAUGAUGGAAAAUCAGUUCUGUACUUGGCAAUUGAGAGAGGCUACAAGGAAUUUGUUUGCAGUGCAUUGGAGAAAUUGAGAUUCCAACACUAUGCAUUGGAUGAGUUGAUUCAGAACCACCAAGAGUUGGAUGAAAUGAUUCCGCGCGCCAUUCCAACAGCUAAACCACUUCUUCCAUACUCGUAUGAAGAUAUUUUAGAGAAGAUACUGUCGAUAAAUGAAGAAUGGAUUCAUUUAAAGGAUAUCGAAGGAAGGAUUCCUGUUCAUUAUGCCGCAUCCAUAGGUUAUGUUCAUGGUGUUGAGCAGUUGCUUAGAAAAUGUAUUUCCUGUAUCAUGGAAAAGGACAAUUAUGGUCUUUCUCCUCUUCAUUUGGCUUGUGCGGGUGGGCAUACUAAAGUGGUGGAGAAAUUGCUAGAACAUGAAUGCUGUCCAGAUCCAAAAGAAAUACUUGAUAACUAUGGGCGAAAUAUGGUUCACAUUGCAGCUCUAAUGGGAAAGUUUGAUGUGAUAAAAUACAUCUUGCAAGAUGCAAAGCAUGGACUAGUAGAGAUGAUAAAUGACCAAGAUAACGAGGGAAACACUCCAUUGCAUUUGGCUACUGAGAAGUGCCAUCCAAACGUUGUUGAUGCCUUAACAUGGGAUGAAAGAGUAGAUCUCACUUCGGUUAACAAAAUGAAGGAAACAGCUUUUGAUAUUUCUCUGAACUAUAUACCAAACAAUCCGUCCCUUCGCCAGAAUUUGAAUAACAUUAGUUCUCUGAAACCAACUUCCCAUGCCAACAAAUGCAAGUCCUCUGCUACCAGAACCAGAAGCAGCGUAACUGGAAAACGUUCCAGACCCCCUCUCUCGCUCUCACGCUGCAGCAAUGCGCACGUGCUGGAAUUCCUUCGGUACCUCAUCCACCCGCGCGCCUCUGCCGUCCACCCGCACGCCUCCGCCGUCCAACCGCGCGCCUCCGCCAUCCAACCACCGCGCCUCCUUCUGUUCACAAAGCGGCUAGUGUGGACUGCACUAAAAUCUGUUCGCGUAGGACAACAUGCUGAAAAGGGGCCACACUCUAUCAAGGUCCCUGACCCCCUAAGUGUAACAAAUGGUUACAGAGAGCAAGACAUAGACAUGAACCUGCACAAGGACAAAAUCAACACCCUAGGUGUUACAAAUGGUUACAAAGAGCAAGACAUAAACAUGGACCUGUACAAGGACAGAAUCAACACCCUUAUUCUGGUUUCAACCAUUAUAACUACAGUAGCAUUUGCCGCAGGUAUUACUUUUCCAGGAGGAACUAAUAGCUCUGAUACAGGACAUGGAAUGGCCCUCAUGCUAAAGCAUGCAUGGUUUAAGCUAUUUAUUUUCUGCAUCACAGUAUCCAUGUACGGUUCCAUUAGUGCUAUUAUUAUUCUCAUUUGGGCUCAAUUGGGAGAUAUAACUUUGGCCAUUUAUUCCCUUAAAGUGGCAAUGCCCGUUUUAGGAGUCACUCUUACAUCUCUAUCAGUGGCAUUCAUGGCUGCUGUCCACCUUGUCAUAAGUGAUCUCAGUUGGCUGGCCACCACUAUUAUGGUUUUAUGUGUGAUCUUCAUUCUCAUGCUUUUGUUUCUGUAUGUUAUUCUCUGCUGGUUCCCUUCAGAAUCAAGAAAUCCAAUUAUCCGACGCAUUUCUUCCUAUCCUUUUCGGUUUGAGACAUGGUUGGAUAAACAAGAUGAUUGAAGGUAUGUAACCUGAUAUACACUCAAAACCUGAAGUUUGUGAACCUUUCUUUGUGUUAUUUUUAUUUUUAUUCUUUUGGAGAUGGACAGUUGGAUCAUUGCUACUCAUCAAUAAUGAUACAGGAAGUAUCACGUGUUUGUAUCGAAACCAUAAAAAUAUUAAUGAUCUUAUGUAUGUAGACAAUAUUUUAUCAAUUUCAAACAUUGUGUUUUAUAUUGUUUUGUA